AUGAAAUCGUCUGACUUCAUUUUCUUUUUUCUUUUACUAUUAUGUGAAGGAUGUUUAUGUCUAUCUAAUUCAAGUGAUAUUAAUGAAAUUGAAAAAUUAAAUGUUAAUUUACAUGAAAUAAAUAAUCAUGAUAUAGGAAAACAUCAUGGAGUUCAGGUUGCAUCUUUUAGAUGGGAAACAGUAAGAGCUCCAUUAGUUUUGACAAUGUUUAUUGCUGCUAUGGGAUUAUUUAAAGUGAUUUACCAUACAACUGGAAUAUUUAAAGAAUUUGUUCCAGAAUCAUGUUGUUUAAUUAUCCUAGGAAUGAUUUUAGGAUUUUUCUUUAUAGGAGAUUCUAAUCAUGAUAAUAUAAAGUUUUUAGAAUUUGACUCAAAUAUCUUUUUUUUUUACCUUUUACCACCAAUUAUCUUUGAAUCAGCAUACUCUUUAAAAGAUUCAGCAUUUAUUGAUAAUUUAGGAACUAUUUUACUUUAUGCUGUACUUGGAACUAUCUUGAAUAUUGCAAUUAUUGGUGGGGGAUUGGUUGCCUUGGAUUCAUAUAAUUUAAUGGGAGACUUCAAAAUUGAUCCACUUGAUGCAUUUUUAUUUGCCUCCCUCAUUGCUGCUGUUGAUCCUGUAGCUGUUUUGGCAAUUUUUAAAGAAUUAGGUGUCAAUAAAAUGCUUUAUUUUAUGGUUUUUGGUGAAUCAUUAUUAAAUGAUGCUGUAACAGUAGUGUGUUAUAAUCUUGUAACUGAAUUUAAAGAACUUCCAGAAAUAACACUACAUGACAUUGGUAUGGGUGCAGCAUCAUUUAUAUGUGUAGCAAUUGGUGGUUUUUUAAUUGGAUUAUUUUAUGGAAUACUUUCUUCAUUCUUUACAAUGUAUACAGAUUCUGUUAGAGUUGUAGAACCUAUAAUAUGUUUUGGUUUGGCAUAUUUAGCAUACAUGUCAGCAGAAUUAUUUCAUUGGUCUGGAAUAAUUGCUAUCAUUGUUUGUGGGUUAUUUCAGGCACAUUAUACAGUUCACAAUUUAUCACAUAAAUCAACUGUUACAAUAAAUACUCUUGCUCAUGUCUCAAGUACUGUUACAGAAUCAUUAAUAUUUAUUAUUCUUGGAGUAAUGGUGGUUAAUGAAGAAAAAUGGAUAUUUAGUGAUUUUCAUCUUGGAUUUUCAAUUGCUGCAUUAAUAUUUUGCCUUUUUGCAAGAUUUAUUAUUGUUUUUAUAUUAACAACUAUAGUUAAUCAAUUUACAGGUGGUGUUAGGUAUAUUUCAAGAAAUGAACAAAUUAUAAUGUUUUAUGGUGGUUUAAGAAGUGCAAUAAGUUUUAGUUUGGCAUUCUCUUUAAGUAAUACUGUUCAAUGGUGGUACAAUAAAAUUUUUAGUAAAAUAUCUUAA